GGGACCAUGCCAGGGUCUGGGAACAGUUUCUCGGUGCGGCGCUGCCUCACCUUCGCCACAGGUCUGGUGGAGUGUCUGUGUUUCGCUGGAGCCGUGUUUGGAUGGGCUUCUCUUGUUUUUGUCCUCAAGGAGGAGGGGUACUUCAGCUCUCUGUGUGUCAACACCACGGGAGUCAAUGACACACACGUUUUAGAUUGCAGCGAGCAGGAUGAACAGUUCUCCCUUGUUUUUACCAUCGCUUCUUUUUUGAACAAUUUCCUGACGCUGCCCAACGGUUUUCUCUUUGACCAAUUUGGUACUACUGUGACUCGACUCUAUGGAAUAUGUCUUUAUACCAUCGGUAUGUUAUUGAUGGCCUUCUCAACUUCAGCUCUGGCCAUCCUGCUCUUCCCUGCUCUCUCCCUCCUGGCUGUGGGCGGCAUCUUAUUUCUCAUGACCAACAUGCAGGUGGGAAACCUGUUUGGCUCACAUCGCUCCACCAUUAUCACUCUUUAUAGCGGGGCCUUUGAUUCUUCCUCGGCACUCUUCCUUGUCAUCAAGCUGUUGCAUGAAUCUGGCAUCUCUCUUCGCUCUUCCUUCCUGUUUCUGUCUGCUUGCAGCAUCGUUCACCUGCUGAGGACUUUCUUCCUGCUGCCCCGAAAAUCAAUUCCAUACCCGUUGCCGGACCACUACACAUACGGGAUAACCUGUGGCAACUCAGACAAUCACAUAGGCGAGGUGGCAGCAAAUGGAGAUGCACAGAAGGCAGAGGAAGCACCACUCAACAGGGACACACCUGUGGAGCAAGAGAAGAGUUUCCGUGAGUGUUUGCUGUCCAGGUUCUUUAUGUGGCACCUGCUCUGGUUGUCAGUGAUGCAGCUCAGGCAUUACCUGUUCAUUGGCACCCUAAACCCCAUGCUGCAGAGGCUAACGGCUGGAGAGUCCUCACUGGUGAGUCGGUACACCAAUGCCUUUGCCAUCACCCAGUUGUGUGGUGUCUUGUGUGCUCCCUGGAAUGGCCUCAUUAUGGAUAGACACAAAGGCAAACCUCGAGCUGAAGGGGAGAGCGAGCGGGAGGCGGACUUGCGGGUGUCGGUGCUUUCUCUCUUCCUGACAGCUCUGCAGUGUCUGCUGUUUUCCAUCUGUGCCUCCACCCCGUACCUGCCUCUUCAGUACCUCACCUUCAUCCUGCAGGUGCUCAACCGUUCCUUCCUCUAUGGCGGCAACGCAGCCUUCAUCAGUGUGGCUUUCCCAUCAUGCCACUUUGGGAAGCUGUAUGGUCUGGUCAUGGCUCUGUCUGCUGUGUUUUCACUGCUGCAGUAUCCCUGCUUUGCUCUCGUAAAAAGCCUGGAUGGAGAUCCAUUAUAUGUGAACAUUGGUCUGACGUUGCUCAGCCUGCUGGCCUUCAUCCACCCCCUCUCUGUCUACCUGCACUGUCGAAGAGUUUCCUCCCAGCGAGCCAAGAACAAAGCCAUGACGUUCUCCUCUUAAAGUCUGUAGAGUGACACAUGCUUAUACGUUUACUACCAGUGAUAAUUACCUCUUCAAGUUGUUUCAUGUGAUUACAGUGCCAUUUCCACAGUCCAGACGAGGUCCUCUCUUGUUCACUGAAAAAGCGUGUAAAGUUUUAUUAAAAAAAAAAAACAAACUACAUAUUCAAACACAGUUUAAAUAUUUGUAAAAAUCAACUCAAACUUAAAGCAAAGCUGCUACAAAGCUACUACUUAGCAGCUUUGUUUUUGAAGUGUCCUUAGUUUUACUUUAGAUUGAGUCUGUUGAAAGAAACCUUGAAGAACAAGUGUUCUUCAGUGUUCUUCAAAUACUUACGUUCUGGGCUGUUUUCUUUUUCUUUUGUGUUCUUUUUUUUUUUUUUCGAGUAACGUUAGGUGGCCAUAAAUGCAUUUCAGAUUAUGAAGUGUGCAUUCACGAUGGUUUGUGCCGGUUCACUGUCUUAGAAAAGACAUUCUCCUCUGCAGCUUUGACUGAAUAUCCUUUUAGAGGGUUUUCAAGAAGGAUUGUUUUAGUUAUUGGGUUUUUUAACUCGCUUCUGCAAUUUUAGAGUUCAAGCUGGUUCUGAGUUGCUGCCCCUGAAGUAUUUAAACACAAACAUGGUGCUAAUAUAGCUUUAUUUUUAAACUAAUAUAAAGUAAACUUAACUUAGUAGCUGUAUCUAUACUCAUGAUAGCUGCUCUGAUACAUUUGCAAAAAAAUGACAUCUUGUUUGAUGCACUCUUAUUGCCACUUUUUUAAAAAAAAAAUAUAUCCACAACUUUCUUCUGCCUUUUUGCAAACAAAUGCGAGCAACAUUAGUCAAAGUAUGGAUGGAUUUGGAUGAAAACAUCACCCAAAUGAGAAGUGAUUAACUUUUGUUUUGUUAUGUGCUCAAAUCCAGAAAACUUUGGAAGGAUUCUGUGCGAUUAGGGGUGGGGGGUCAUUUUGCAUUAAAUAUUCAUCGGUGCACAUCAAAUUCAAACAAGGGGAAGCAUCUUAAUACUCUCGAGAAAAUAUUGCAAAGUAAUCCAAAUCCAGAUGUAUUUAUGGAUCCAAGGACUCAAUUCAUGCAUUCUGUGGAGGAAAUUUCAGCCUUGGCAGAGAAAUGCUUUGAACAUAUAAACUGCAACUUGUUUUUUUAUAAUCUGUGUAAAGAACUUAGUUGUUACUCUACUGCCAACUUCUUCAGGCUUUCUUUCCAUAUAUUUUAAUAAUGAAGCGAGUGAAGGACCAGCACUGUUAAAUAUAGUGACCACAAAAAGGGAGAUCUGGGAACAAAAAGUUAAUAAAAAAUUAACAAAGCUCUGCCAUUUCAAAUGUACUGUACCUGGUAAUUUUAACAUGUGGAGGGUUCUAAAGGGAAUGUUUCUUAGAGUUUUUGUUUCAAAGUAUUUUUGUGAAUUGCCAAGAAUUAAGAAGUGGUAAUGAUUUUUUUUUUAAAUGUGCACAUAUAGCACUGUGCAAAAGUCUUGAGCCAUUGAAAGACUUUCAGAAAGCCUGGAGAACUAUUGCUCAAAACCACUUUAAAAAAAAAAAAUUACAACAAGGCCUGGCUCCUUGGAAGUAUAAUGAAAUUAGAAGUGGCUCAAGACUUUUGCACUGUCCUGCAAAUAUGGUAUUUUUAUAUUGAUAUUAGAACUGUAAUAAAGGGAAUUCAUAUUAUCUUGAAUAAGAUACUGUUUUAAUUUUUUGCUGUGGUGAAACUGUUAUAUACGCAUACACAGGUGCCAAAGUUGAAUAGAAAGUGUAAUUAUAAAGAAAACAAUGAAAUGCCCAGUAUGUGUAAAUUUUACUUAUAAAUAUCUGGUACGAAUGUGUUUUCACUGUUUCAUUUAUUCAUUUUUCUUUUUUUUUUUUUUUUACUUUUUUUUUGCUUGAACACUUUUGACUAAAUCCAUCAUUACAUCAGGUCAUAAUACAUAAAACAAUAUAUUAUUUGGGAUUUAAAUCAGCAAUUAAACCACUAGAUGUUUCAAAUGAAUAAUUGAGGACUGUCAUAAAAGGAAAGUGGCAAAUGCUCCACCAUCAGGUUUGAUUUAUUUGUCAUAAAGAGGACUCAGGCAUUGCCUGACUUUAAAGGCCCUAAAUUCUGAAGAAAUAACCAUGAUGGCAUCAUCAUGAUUACAUCAAUAUGUGCUAAGAGACAACAAGACGUGAGGGGGGGGUGCUUUGUACAGAAUGAAGAAUCCUUUGCCAGAACAGGAGGUAAAAAAAAAAAAUAGUCUGAGUUUCAUGAUUUUUUGGCAUCUGUUGCACAUAUUUUAGUUUCUUCCCAUAUUUUAGGGCACUGAAAUACAGUGGAAGAGGUGGAAUAACCAUGUUUAAAAACACAUUUAAGAAGUAUUAAGGCUGUACACAUAUGGUGGCUCUGUGGGUGCCUCACACCAAGAGGGUCAUUGUUUGUGGAGCUUAUGUCUCCCUGUGCUUAUGCUGGGGACUUCUGCCAACUUCAAAAUAUACCAAUCAAGCAUAAUGUUAAGACCACUGACAGGUGAAGUGGAUAACACUGACUAUUUCAUCAUCAGCAAGUGAACCUUUUGUUCUCAAAGUUUAUGUGUGGGCAAGUGGAAGGAUUUGGGCAAAUUUGACAGGGGUCAGAGCAUCUCCAAAACUGCAGCCUUUGUGGGGGGUUCCUGGUCUGCAGUGGUCAGUGAAAAAAAAAAAAAAAAAAGGCGAAGGAAGGAAAAAAGGUGAACUAGCGACAGGAUUAUAGGUGGCCAAAGCUGAUGCAUAUAGGCCGAUCCUACAGAGGAGCUACUGUAGCUCAAAUUGUUGAUAAAGUUAUUGCCGGUUCUGACAGGAAGGUGUCAGAAUACACGGUGCAUUGCAGUUCUUUGUGUAUGUGGCUGCAUAGCCACAGGCCAGUCCGAGUGCCCAUCUGACUCCUGUCCACUGCCAGUUCUGGCAGUAUCAGAACUGGACUGCAGCACAAUGGAAGAAGGUGGCCUGGUCUGGUGAAUCACAUUUGCUUUUACAUCAUGUGGAUGGCCAGGUGUGUUCGUGUUUCACAGCUUACAGGACUUAAAGGAUCUAUUGCAAACAUCUUGGUAGCAGAUACCACAGCACAACUUGAUGUGUCUUGAUGGGUCAGAGCUAUUUUGGCAGCAAAUUAGGCAGGUGGUUAUAAUGUUACGCUUGAUUGGUGUAUGUUACACUAUUGCCAAAAGUAUCUGCUCAUCUGCCCAUGUACAUGCUGGAUGUUGGAUGAGAAGGCCUCGCUCAAUCCCAAUGUACCUACCUAUCCCAAUGUAUCUCUUUCUGUUUUCCUGCUAAAGGUAACGCCAGUAAAAUGGCUGCAUGACCUCAGACACCUGUCCCCCCUGUUUG